AUGCCGCCCUCAAACAAUGAAACGAGUUCUCCUGGUAACAAUGACAACGAGUUUCAGAAGGAGGCCUGGAGCGACAUGGAGUCAAGCGACGAAGAUAAUAACGGAGAUGACAACGACAAUUCUGUUGACGUUGAAGAUUAUAAGUAUCUUCACGCACCCACACAUGUCGAAUGGAAGGACCUCAACCCCGUUAUACAGGUAGAGAUAGUCCAGAACCUCACUCAAGUCUAUAAUUGGCCACGGGUUGUAGGCAUGCUACAGCUUACAGCGUCGGAGCAAGAAGAGGCCUUCAAUAGCCCGGCACAUCGCCAUAAGCAGACGGAGGAGGAAUCCCGGAAACUCAACGAGAUGCAAGUCAAGCAGCUGAGGGCACUCCUCCGUAUUGACAACAGCGUCCUGAGGAGAUCAAGAGUUCCAGGACAGCUCGUCUUUCGAAAUAUAUCAAAACAAUACUUUCGAGCAGCUAGAAACCGUACAACUACUGAUCAUCUCAUGAUCAAAGCAAGUGAGCUUCUAGCUGCUCGAAGGUUUCUGCGAAGGUUGGAGAUUGACACAAAGUACGCUGGAGAAUGGAGGAAUGACCUGGCAACCAUUAACCAAGCACAAGACAACGGCGAGGACGAGUUUCGGUGGAUUCUCGAUCCAGAAGACUUUGAACAGGAUGCACGCAACCAACCCGCCACCCAGGUGGACUCUUCUUCACCUUCGCUUCACCAAAGCAGCAGUAGUAGCACCAAUUCGGAUAUUCGUUUCAUCAAUCAUUUUGCAUCUCCAGGCGGAAAUACGUACAACGUGCCGGUGUACGAAAGGCGAAAUUUACCAUUGCCCUCAACACCCCUAAAUGCUGCUCAACAGAUUUUUGGCCGGAGAAAAUCCAUUAAAAAAAACAGAGGCACUCCUAACCAAGCUAUAAGCAGCGAACCAGAAUCCUCAAUAGUGCGACUGAACGUUGGGCCCGAGGGUGCAGCGCAGAUACAGAACAUCGUCCCGACCAUGUCAUCUUUAUCGCCACAGUCACCUCAAGAUAUACCAUCGAGUCCCCCACUACCCUUAUCCUCCACUAGCGACCAUCUGCCAAGUUCAUCUUCAAUAUCUAGAGGGGCAGAAUCAAGGAAACGCCGACGCCCACAGUCUGCUGCCUCAUCAAGCCCUUUAGGAGGUGACGACAUGCUUCCAUUGCCGAGGGUACUAAGCGGACCAUGGUGGUAUAAUACAGGUCAGGUCUAUCCUCAAACUGGAAUCACAUCAUCCAAGACACUCAACGAAAGACUGCAUGCAGUGAGAGCUGAGAGUGAGAAAAACCGAAAAUCCACUUCCCUCACCGUUGGUAGGCCGUUACAGAAGCCACACUUUAACUUACCAAUCCAGGGCUCACCUCUGAUGAACAACAGCCAAGCCUCACCUGUCCCUUGCAGCGAUGACACAAUCCCUCAGACUCCCCCACCUGGGUAUACGGAUUCCCCAAUGCCCCAAAGUAACACGCAAACGAAGAAAAAUAUUAAAAACCUAGUCAUUCAAGCAUCCAAUAAGCCGGUUGGGGCCAAGGUGGCAUCAAGUUCUUCAGACAAUGCAGAGCAAGGGCCUCCCUACUCACCUAUAUCACCACAGAUGGGAACCUUUCCAGUGGCAGGGGUAGCUGGGAGCGUAGAUGAACAAGGUCAGGAUACUGGCCCCAUGGACAUUGAUAUCCCAAAUCCAGCUGACGGUCGAGAGGGGAAAAGAGAAACAGUGAUUGCUGCCCCAAUAAAUAGGAAAUUGUCCGCGGCUGAAAAAGUACACUCAUUUGUUUCGCUGCCGUCAAAAGUUCAACCCGCUCAACAGAGUUCCAUCAAUCUUUCCCACCCUACCACCAAGACAGCCAGUGAAAGCGGAGUUACAACCACGAAGCCUCCGAAUAUAAAGUCUGACCCCAAAAGUGAAGAUACUUGCGAUGAUAAAUCCUUUACCACAAUGCUCCAUGUCUGCUGCGAUGUCCCGCCAAGGAAACCAAAGAAAGAGGAGGAUGAAUGCCACCCUCACAUGCUCUUGCAUUCACCGUCGGUCAAAGCUGAAGAAAAGAAAGAAGCAGAUGAAAUCCAGGCUAAGGGGAGGCCAACUAAGAAAAAGACCAAAUGUUCUCCUAAGGAGCGACGGCGCAGUACAAGAUUGAAUGGUUCUACUGCUAAAACGAUAAAACCUCGCGCAGCCAUGAAUUAG